AUGGUAUCAGAGCAUUCAUCUGGGAUAAGGGUUGGAGAUAAAGGAGGCAAGGAUGCUGGAGGAGCUCAACUCAAGAGGGUUGAGUUGCUUGAGACAGAAUUAGGGCAUUUGUAUGCUCGAAUGGAGAAUCAAGGACAUCAGAUCCAACAGAACGCUGAAUCCAUAGCCUCUCUUCAGUUGAAGAUGGAUCAAAAGUUUGAGGAGAUGGAUCAAAAGUUUGAGGAGAUUUUGGGUGCCAUAGCCAAAAGUCGACCAACAAUCAACAAUGAGAAGAAAACCGUUAAGGGGGAGCCUAGCAACACGCCGGUUCUAUCCAUGGAGGAAGCUCCAAGGGUUUACAGUGGAGUGUCGCACACUGAUAUAGGAGGUCGUUCCGCCAGUGGAGGCGGCGGCUAUAUUACCGGAGGCGAAUACAGAGGAACGACCAACCGGAGAUUUCACAAACCUGAGAUUCCCUUGUUUGAUGGAACUAACACAGAGCAGUGGAUUUGUAAUGUGGAAAGGUCUUUUUGCUCGCAUGAAGAUGAAGAAACAAUGGAAGCUGCCGUGGGGGCUCUAGAAGACGACGUCCUACUGUGGUAUGAAUGGGAGCAUCGAAGACGAUCCAUUAGAGAUUGGCAAGAGAUGAAGAGCUUGAUUCGUCGUAGAUUCAAAACACCCACGUCAUCACUUCCGGGAACUGGAAGCAAGGAACAGAGAAAAGAGAGAUUCGAUUUUGAAGCAGGAAGGAGCAGUUGGGGAUCGCCGGAAGCUUGUCGCGUAUUCUCAAGCCGCCGCAACAGUAACGGAGUACAACCCUAA